AUGCGCCUUUCCCCUGCGGUCUCUGCCCAGGCGGGAUCCCCCCGGCAGAACUCCGGACACGUGCGAGGGACCAGCUAUGGAUUUCAGGCAGAUUCUUCAACAAGCAGACGACAGCAUCCCCUUAAUAAGCAUCUCUUUAAACCUUCCACUUUCAUGACAUCCCAUGAACCUCCAGUGUAUAUGGAUGAAGAUGAUGACCGAACCUGUUUUCAUAGCCACAUGAAUAUGGCUGUCGAGGAGGCCUCAGAUGAAGAAAGUAUUCCUAUUAUGUAUAGAAAUUUACCUGAAUAUAAAGAACUAUUACAGUUUAAAAAAUUAAAGAAGCAGAAACUUCAGCAGAUGCAAGCUGAAAGUGGCUUUGUGCAACAUGUGGGCUUCAAGUGUGAUAACUGUGGCAUAGAACCUAUCCAGGGUGUUCGGUGGCACUGCCAGGAUUGUCCUCCAGAUAUGUCUUUGGACUUCUGUGAUUCUUGUUCAGACUGCCUACAUGAAACAGAUAUUCAUAAGGAAGACCACCAAUUAGAACCUAUUUAUAGGUCAGAGACAUUCUUAGACAGAGACUACUGUGUGUCCCAGGGCACCAGUUAUAAUUACCUUGACCCAAACUACUUUCCAGCAAACAGAUGACAUGGAAGAGACCAUCAUUUACUAGUCCUCUUCAACACAUAGCAAUGGUAUCAUUGUUAAUUAUGUGCACAGUUUGGAAAGAUUCUCUGCUUUCCCUGAAAUGACACUCACAGCAUGACAGCUUCCUGAGUGUUCUCGUCAAGUACAGCUCUGCACUGUUGUGGCUCUAGAUCACUGUUCAGCGGCUGAACAUUCCUGGUGAGCAAAGGGGUUUCCCUGGUGAAUUUUUCAUCACCACCUUAAAGCCUUUUUAGGUGGUAAUCUUAAAUGUGUGAGAUGGAGCACACAUCAAAGAGAGAGUAAAUUCCAAAGGUUUCGGAGAACUCGGUCGUAAAUAUGAUAAUGAGAAGACAAAGUAUUUAUAUAAAAACAGUUUAGUAGCUUUCAGUUUUGUUGUGAAAAUAGUUUUCGGCACAGAAACUGACUUCUUUAGACAAAGUUUUAACCAAUGAUGGUGUUUGCUUCUAGUAUAUACACUCUAUAAAAGAACUCACUGUCCCAAUGGUGGCCUUUGAUGGCCUUUAGUAAAUUGGAGCUGCUUAACCAUAUUGAUGUCUAAUUCCUUUUAACCACAAUGAACUGUCCUUAUUACCAACAGCGAAGCACUACAGGAGGCAACUGUGGCAUUGCUUCCUUAACCAGCUCAUGGUGUGUGAAUGUUAUAAAAGUGUCACUCAGAUAUAUUUUUUAAAUGUAAUGUUAUAUAAGAUGAUCAUGUGAUGUGUACAAACUAUGGUGAAAAGUGCCAGUGGUAGUAACUGUGUAAAGUCUCUAAUUCACAACAUUAAUUCCUUUGAAAUACACAGCCUUCUGCCUCUGUAUUUGGAGUUGUCAGUGCAACUCAUCAAAGAAAACUGCCUAAUACAAAAAUCAUAUAUAUGGUAAUAAUUUCCCUCUUUUGUAGUCUGCACAAGAUCCAUAAAAGAUUGUAUUUUUAUUACUAUUUAAACAAGUGAUUAAAUUUAGUCUGCACAGUGAGCAAGAGUUCACAUGCAUUCUUUUAUACUGCUGGAUUUUGUUCAUCAUUUAAAACAUUUUGUAUGUUUCUUCUUAUCUGUGUAUACGGUAUGUUCUUGAAUAAUGUUCAUUUGUCAGGAGAACUGUGAGGAAUAAACUAAGUGG